AUGAAGGGUGAGAACAGGAGUCCACGGACCCAGGAAGAAAGCAGGGAGACGCGAGGAGACGAGGAGCGGCCGACGCCGCCCUCUUUUGAAAGGGGAGGCAGACAAAGAGUCCAGGUCCCCAGCCGAGGCCAGCUCCAGAGCCACUUAGAGGGGGACAAAAGGGAGACGAGCAGAGACGAGGAGAGCCCCUUUCGAGGCCACAUGAAGAGGGACAACAGGAGACAAAAGCAACCAAGCAAGCAGAGCAUCGGGCUAGGUUGGAAUUCUGAGAAAGAAACAAGAACCCCUGCAGAAAAGCAAUUGGGGAAAGCCUAUGCUUGGGUGAUGCAAUUUCUUGAGCAAAAGGCUUGA